AUGACCCAAGAAAAAAACCUGCGAUUCAUCAUCGCUGGCGCCUCUGCUGCAGGCUUGACUGCUGCGAUCGCUCUUAAGGUGGCGGGUCAUGACGUGCUUGUUCUAGAGAAAGAAGGUCGGCUGGGAGGGCCGGAUACGAUUCCCAGCCCCGCUAUCAGGCUGCCACCAAACGGCUGCAAAAUCCUCUUCGAUUGGGGCCUUGAGGACGCAAUACGAGCUUAUUCCAUAGUCGGAGAGGGGUUCACAGUGUGGAAAUACCAAGGACUGAAUGGAGCUCGCGACUUUCUCGGCACGCAUCGGUGGCCAGCUGAAUUGCUGACCGACGCCAGGGGGGACUUCCUGCAGCUACGGCAUAAAGACCUGCUCAAGGUCCUGUAUGAUGCUGCUCUCUGUGCACAUACCCGCAAAUCUACGAUGAACAGCUCCCCCGUCGUUGUUCGCUUUAAUGCAGAAGUUGUUGACUCGGACCUUUCGUCUAAUCCCCACUCCCCCACCGUAACGCUGAGCUCAGGCGAAGUCUUGCGAGCCGACGUUAUCAUCGGAGCUGAUGGCGCGCGAGGCUACUUCCGUAAACUCAUGCUGGCAGAAGAGGAAGAGGAUACGGACGCUGAUGUUCCUCGCGGCCUGGCCGUCUAUACGACCACUAUACCCAAGACGCUGGCGAUGACUGACCCGUUGACAGCAAAGUUGUAUGACUACCCGCAGAGCCAGAUGGUAACAUUCUGCAUUGGCCCUAAUCGAGGAGCCCAAGUUCUUGUUUCUGGCGCCGCUGAGGACCUUACAUUUUGGGUUUACACCCCCGAUAGUGACCAGGAUGGGUCAUGGACCCAACCAGCUGAUCGCAGAAUCACCGAUGUAGUGGGUGAAUGCGAUCCAUUAAUCGGGAGACUAGCGCAGCUCGCUCCCAACCCUGCAACAUGCGUUCAGAUCAAGAACAGUUACGACUUGGACUCAUGGGUGUCCGGUAACCUAUUGGUCCUCGGCGAAGCCGCUCACCCGUUUCCAACCAUUUCAUUGCAUACCUAUUCAAUUGCCAUCGAAGAUGGCGCUUUCAUAGGCAAAAUUUUCUCUCAUACCCGCGAUCCCAGCCGCAUAAGCGAGUUCCUCAACGCCUUUGAGGAGGUUCGGAAACCACGGUGCUUACACAUCUAUCAAUCUGAAAAAACAUAUAUCGACGUCAUGGCGCUGCCUGAUGGACCGCACCAGGAAGGACGUGACGCUGCUAUGCGUGCUAAUAACGCCGCUGGUAGAAAUGUCAUGGACUCUGGAGACGAAGACUCGUUGCAAACUAUGUGGGACGACAUGCGUAUGGUAUUUGGUUACGACCCCGCGGACGCGGCGGACGAGUGGUGGAUUUCUUGGGGCCGCCUUAGAAAUUCUCCCACUGUCUCGAAAACAAACGGCAUCCAUCUCAACGGCGUUUCUUUACACGUUGGCCCUUCCUCCGAUGGUGACUAUUACUAG